AUGCCCCCAUCAAAGGACGACGAUGCGGGAAUCGAGCCAGACAAACAUAUCUUGCCAGCACUUAGUUCUGUGGCCCUGACAAACGAUGACAGAGGAGCUGUCAUGGUCUCAAGUCUCGAAAAUGGCCAAAUACCAGACGAAUUCCCGUUGAGAGCAUCACAAACUGUUACAUUGCGAAAAACAAAUGUGGACGCCCCAAAGUCGGACAGAACGUCAUCCCUUACGACCAAUGAAACCGGCUCGAUUACGACAACAUCACACGUCGGUGCUCGCGAAACAGCUAGAACUGCUCUUGCUACUGGAAAUUUACGAGUGCCGAAGUUUUCGAAGUCUUCCGGUGAAAAUCAAAAGCCAGAUGCUGUUUCACUACCAACUUUCGCAGCUAGCGACAACCCCCUUACGCCAUAUCAGAGUAUUCGGUAUCGUCUACCAUUCGGUCCCGCAAUAUCCCCACCAAAUCCAAAUCUCUCUUUCAAGACCCAAAUACUGGAGAACACCCGCCAGUGGGUUUUUCUAGCUUCAAGCAUUGUGGAUGAGAAGAGAAGAAAGGACGUCUUGGACAGGGCUUUCGACAAAUAUGAGAAGAUAUGGUUUGAGGCCCUUCGUAUUGGCUAUAAGUCAGGCGGAGAAUCUAGCCCACGUGGUGAACCCGAUCUCCAAAACAGUGAAAGAAGGGGGAAUGCAAAUAAAUCACGCAAACGCGACAUCCCACCGCACGCCGUGCAUGUUUUUAUUCCUGAGAAGUUUAAGAACAACCAAGGACGACCAUUUCCUCUUACUGGAAUUACGGCAGGUGAGCUCCAGGAGGCUGGCAUUACAGAAGCACAAGUACGCAAACGUGCACACGAUGGCGAAUACUCACGCGCGAGAGAAAUCUUCCAUGACGUUUAUGAUGAUCUGGAGCGUAGUGUUGAGGAAGGCGACUGGCAAGGCACCGCAACACGGACCACACUCAACCCAACAGGUCGAGACCUUUUCUUUUAUUGUUUGUACGUGACACAGCUCUAUGAACAAAGCCGUCGACAGCUGGAACAAUAUCAGGCUAGAUUCAAGACGCACAAUCAGAUCAGGAAUGGGCUUCGAAACAUUGAGAAGACCGAAAAAGAGCGGAGAAUUUUCUUAGCUAUGGCAUUGGAGCUCGCCGAGCUCGAAUCUACAUCCGAUGCAAGCAAAUCUACUAUCGCAGAGGGUGAUGAUAUGCAAAACAGUUCAACGGUUCUGGCGCACACCAGAGAAAGAUUACUCCGGGCUGUUGAUUUGGUUUUAGAAACGCAUGAUUUCAAUCACAUGCGUCGAGCUUUUGAGGCUUCUGAGUACUCGGAGAGCUUACUAGAUACAGACGACACAGCUUUGACCGUUGCUACUCUUGAUGACCAAUGCAAGAAAGCUCUCACAGAUAUCCUAUCCUAUACCAAAGAGAGGACUCUGGUACUACACGAAACGAAUUGUGCUCAGCACGAGGAUGAGAAGCAGCACUGGAACGAACAAUUGGAAACCUGCGAGACCAAUAUCCGAACAACGAAGAAAUCUCUCCGACGGAUAGCUGAAGUCAUACGACAGACUCAUAUAAUUGAACCUGACAUUACAAAAAACGCCCCAAUGGGCCAAAGUGCUGGAACGAAUCUACCGACCUCAGCUGGUGCUGGCCUAGAGAGUGGAGUGCCACAGUCUGCGGUCCUCAACACAGGACUCAAACGCCCAGCAGAAGAGGAAGUGCAAGAGGAUGACCCAGAACUUCGCGCAAAACGACGAAGACAAGACAUUGAUGUUCCCGGAGAGUAUAUUGGCAACGGACCAGUCUCAGUGACUGAGGAGCAGACCACCACGGAAAUUGAGAAAACGGCCACACAGACCCUUGGAACAGUAAGCGUGCAGUCCAUGGAAAAUCAAACAUUGCAUCCAAGCUCUGUGACGACAGGGGAGACAAUCCAACCCACUGCGCAAGAAACACCCUUUCAACAACCAUUGAAUAAGGAGCUGACCCAGAAGGAUUACUAUAUCCGGGAUCUUCUUAUACCCUUGGCCAAUAGUCUCUUGACAUCUAAUGGCCAUGCUCCAAUGCCCCCAUCGGUUGUGGAUUAUCAGAGUGCCAAGAAUGCCCUCGUCGCCAGUGGCCUUCCCGUAACCGAGCGAAACAAAUUGGGCAUUGAAUACAAUAAAGGGCUAUAUAACGACUGGAACACUAAGCAUGAACACGAGGGUAUGGAUGGACAAGAACAACAAGCCAAACCCCGAUCACGCAAUGAAUUGGUACUCUCAGAGCGCAAGGAUGGCGAUGAUGGCAUGGAUGGCACGGAUGGCAACAGCGGGUCUCUUCCCACAGGGCAACCAGAUCCCAGUCGCCCUGCACUUGUCGUGAAGCUGAAGGUUGGGUCACUUUCCGACUGCGAUCCCGCUCAAUUCUCAUGCAAUGCUGUCUAUCAGCACAAAGGUUUCCAAUAUCGAUAUACGCCACAGUCAACAUUUGCAGAGAGAAGAGCAGCAGAUGAGGUUCUAGAUAUGUUUGUCCGUGACCGAAUGAAGCAGAAGGGGCAAUAUCAACGAUAUGGUCGAUAUGAAACCAUUUGUCUCCCGGGCGAUCCACAGCAGAAGACAAUUGUACAUGGUAAAUGGGACACUAAGGAUGGCCAACCGAUUGAGGGUGCAGAGUGGUUCUACUCUCCAGAUGCAGAAAGAUCCACUGCCACUGAUCAGCUAAACGACGCUGAAUCCGACUAUCAUGAAGAAGAAGAUGUACGGGCCCGUGCCUUUGAUUUCGAAAGAAAUGAGGAUGAGGAAGACGACUGGACGUUACAAACAGGACCAGCCAAGCCUUCCUCCACGUCUUCCACAAAGAAGGCCAACCAAGUGACGUUCACUCCUACGUCCAACAGUCAACAAGCAAACCGCAUAACAUCUACUCCAAAGCAACAAAAGAAGAAAUCCACUGUGAACCCGAAAGUCAAGACCGCGAUUCGCCUGCGAGUCAAUGCGAACAACGCAAGUGCUAUCGCCCCGCGUAGACAAGUUAAGAGGUCGAAAGUCGCAAAAGCUACUGCACAAACCAAGGACAGCAAGCGUGGGAAAUCAAGAGGCCGACCCAGACGCGCAUCUUCAAAGCGCAGCUACACUGAGGACGAAUUCCCAGGCGAUAGUGAAGAUGAAUAUGUGCCUGGUCACUCAGAUUGA